UUCUCUAAGCCUGAGCUGGAAGUGGUGCCUCAGGGUCCUGCCUUGAAAUCAAAAGCACCGGUGAAAAGAGUUACAUGGAAUCUUCAAGAGGAAGAAAGUGGCACCUUGUCUGCUGGAAAAGCUCCAAGGAUGCCAUUCUACAAGCUCCAGCGAGCAAAAGAAGAGGCCUGGAAAGCAGAGGACUUGAACCAAACGUUAAAUCAGGUGUACUGUCAAAACCUGCCUUUGGCGCCACCCGUGCCCUCCAGCCUGCCCCCCUACGCCCCUGUCAGCCAGCCCACAGUGCCGUUCAUCAUGCAGGGCAGCCUCCCAGCCCUGGGCUGCGUGGUGGGGCAGAGCCUGACGCCGGAGCCAGGCAGCCUGGCCACUGCCUCCGAGCCCGGAAUCCAGGCUGCGUCGGUCGGGAAUGAAGACGAAAAGAUCAAAGCACCCAAACCUCCAGUGGAUAAAACAAAAAACGAGGAAUACAUGAAGAAGCUUCACAUGCAAGAAAGGGCUGUAGAAGAAGUGAAACUUGCCAUCAAACCGUUCUACCAAAAGAGGGAGAUUACAAAGGAGGAAUACAAGAACAUCCUUCGAAAAGCAGUGCAAAAGAUCUGCCACAGCAAAAGUGGAGAGAUCAACCCCAUGAAGGUGGCAAAUCUGGUGAAGGCGUACGUGGAGAAAUACAAACAUAUGAGGAAACAUAAGAAAACUGAUGGUGAAGAUACACGUGAGGUGGAAAACUGAGAGCAAGCCCCAGCCAGCAUGACUUGGACUGA